AGAAAUGGCGCCUUAUCAGAAAAUGAUCUGUAUGAAAUACCCAAGCUAUUAGACGAAGAAGAAGAAGAUGAAGAAGAAUAGAAAUGUCGUCAUAGCUAUACAUAUAUUGCAUAAAAUAACACAAAAAAUAAAAACAUGAAUUUACAUGUCUUUUACUUCAAGAAUACAAACCAUUGCUUCCCAUAUGGUUUCUGCAAAUAUUAAACAAACAGCCAAACCUGCUAUUUCUUUUAUUGGUGGUGGUAACAUGGCUGAAGCUAUCUUGUGUGGUCUUCAGUCAAGUGGACAUCCAAGUUCUCUUCUUCGUUAUUCUGAACCCUUUGAUGAACGUCGUCAAUAUAUGCAAAGCAAGUAUCCUGAUAUGAUUGGAUCCAGUGAUAAUAUAGACACCGUACAAGAUGCUGAUGUGAUUAUUCUGGCUGUGAAGCCCCAAAUCCUCCGUUCUGUUGUGUCUGAAUUAGGCCCAUUGAUCUCAAAACGUCCUGAUACAUUGAUUGUCUCAAUUGCUGCUGGUAUUACUACAAAGGAUAUCUAUAAAUGGCUUCGUAUCUCAAGUAGUGCUUCUAUUGUUCGCUGUAUGCCCAACACACCCGCUUUAAUAGGAGAAGGUGCAGUUGGCUUAUUUGCUACAGAUCAUGUGAAUGAUAAACAGAGACAAUUGACUGAAGAUAUCAUGAAAGCAGUUGCUAAACAAGUAUCUUGGGUACAGGAUGAAUCCUUGAUUGAUACUGUUACAGGCAUAAGUGGUAGUGGUCCUGCUUAUUUCUUUUUGAUUAUGGAAGCCAUGCAAAAUGCCGGCAUAGAAGCUGGUUUAACCGCUGAAGAAGCAAAGGCAUUAACACUUCAAACAUGUAUUGGUGCUGCUCGUAUGGCACAAUCUUCUGAAGACGAUCUGGCUACUCUGCGUCGCAAAGUAACUUCUCCAAAAGGUACUACUGAAGCUGCCAUUAACUCUAUGGAAUCCAAUGAUAUUCGUAAAGUCAUGACUGAAGCCGUCUUUUCUGCACAAAACAGAGGAAGAGAAUUAGCCGAACAACUAGGUCAAGAGAACUAGACCAUUGUGUAUAUAUGCGCAUUUUUUUUUUAUUUAUUAUUUGCAUCCUUUUUCUCAUUUACUAUAAUAAAGCCAUACAAAUUGCUUGUGUUUAUACCAAUACAAAU